UUUACGACGCGCCGGAAAGCAACAGCCGCAGCCAGCGCCGGACCGAGAGGGCCACCAUGGGGAAAAUCGCGCUGCAGCUCAAAGCCACGCUAGAGAACAUCACCAAUCUACGGCCUGUGGGCGAAGACUUCCGGUGGUAUUUGAAGAUGAAAUGUGGCAACUGUGGUGAGAUUUCAGACAAGUGGCAGUACAUCCGGCUGAUGGACAGUGUGGCACUGAAGGGGGGCCGUGGCAGUGCUUCCAUGGUCCAGAAGUGCAAGUUGUGUGCAAGAGAAAAUUCCAUCGAGAUUUUAAGCAGCACCAUCAAGCCUUACAAUACUGAAGACAAUGAGAACUUCAAGACAAUAGUGGAGUUUGAGUGCCGAGGCCUUGAACCAGUUGAUUUCCAGCCUCAGGCUGGGUUUGCUGCUGAAGGUGUGGAGUCGGGGACAGUCUUCAGUGACAUUAAUUUGCAGGAGAAGGACUGGACUGACUAUGAUGAAAAGGCCCAGGAGUCUGUGGGAAUCUACGAGGUCACCCACCGGUUUGUGAAGUGCUGAUCCCUCUUCCUGCACACUUGAACUGAGAAAGGACAAAGUACUCUAAGCAGCAGAGCCCACAGGGGCUGGUUCCUUUGUCCCUUGUCUCCUGGCAGCUGUACCAAACGUUCACAAUCUGCAUGUUGGACUUUAUUACAGCUUCCCAAGCCCCAUCAAUAAAGCCCCUGUUCGUGCUGCAGUGGUGCAUGAAGGUGAAGUCAGGUGGCAGCUACUCCCUCCACAAAUAAGAAUUCAUGCAGCAUCAGUUUACUCCUUAGGAAAAUGAAGAGUAUUUUUAAGGAGAUGGAAUCUCCCCAGUGAGGGGCAAGUUUGUAGAGAAGACGAAACUGCAAUCCCACCAUCACUCAAUGAGCCAGAAGCCAAUGGCAACUUACUGUAACCCCAACUUACUGAACUUGCUGUUGGAAAGAUCUUUGUGAGGAUUAGGAAUUAGGUUUAAAAAAAUUAAGAACCAUCUUCAAGCAAAAAUAAAAUUUUAUUUCUGCUUAAACAAUAAAUAGAUCUGAGUUAAGUUUUCCAAACCCUUCCUCCUGAUUAAAUGCACUUAAAACU